GAACGGAGGCCCAGUGACCGCAGACACGCUGUGAACGUCUGCGCGUGGACCGGACAGCACCACGGCCAGCGCCUCCGCGCGCUGCAGGAACCAGGAAGUAACUGAGCGGCAACAGAAACCUGAGCCGACAUUUAACACACGAGCGUGAGUCCAGGCUUUACUGGGGACUCCAUUAAUGAGAGACACCUGCGUAGAGCCCUGACGUCACCCCCUCCCGCGCCUGCUGCUGGCUCGUGACAGGUGUAACGUCUCAGGUGCGCCGGCUGAGUAAUAACUCAUCAGGGGUGGAAGAAGUCGUGUUGCUGCUUUGUUUUAUUCCGCUUUGGUUAAAGUUAAGCAGCUAAAUCUGUUUAUUUGCGUCUAUGUCGGUAACGCAGUAACGCAGUAACGCGUUACUUUCCUCCUCAGUCCGCCUCUUUGUCUGGAUCCACGCGGGUCUUCCAGCAUCAGCGCCGCUCCGUCUUCCCAUCACAACAAUAGCCUCCCCCUUCCUCCUCCUCCUCCUCCUCCUCCUCCUCACCCCCUCUCACCCCUACAACGCGCGCGCGCCUGCUCCUCGCGCUCGCAGCUCUCGGUGAGAUGUUGGUGAAAGUGCGUUCUGCCGACUCUUCCUCAAUUUGCAGCUUCUCAUCAUCGGCGAGGAGCGCAGGGACGCGUCUGCCACGCGCCCAGCCGUGCACGAGCCGGAGCUGAAGUGAGGGAACCGGGGGGUUCACGGAAAAGGAGAGAAAACAAAGAAGAAAAGGAAGAAAAGCGGCGGAGGAGAUUUUCUGAGGAGGAUGACUGACUGCUGACAAAGAAACCGCGGAGCCCCUUCGGCUUCGGUUUCCACCGCUAACUUGACAGCCGGCGCGCUCGCGCUCGGACAGCCGAAGAUUUUAACACCUUUUGUUUGUGGAGGGGAAUCAUGCCUGUACGGAGGGGUCAUGUGGCGCCACAAAACACGUUUUUAGGAGUGAUAAUCCGGAAAUUCGAGGGACAAAACAAGAAAUUCGUCAUAGCCAAUGCCCGCGUGCAGAACUGUGCUAUUAUCUACUGUAACGAUGGCUUCUGCGAGAUGACGGGCUUCUCCAGGCCGGACGUCAUGCAGAAGCCGUGCACCUGCGACUUCCUGCACGGCCAGCUGACCAGCCGCCACGCGGUGGCCCAGAUGGCCCAGGCGCUGCUGGGAUCCGAGGAGCGCAAGGUGGAGAUCACCUACCACCGCAAGGAUGGAUCAAACUUCCUCUGCACCACCCACAUCAUCCCUGUGAAGAACGAGGAAGGCGUGGUCAUGAUGUUCAUCCUGAGCUUCGAUUACGUCCUGGAGGAAGGCAGCAGUGACUCACUGGAGAGACUCAACCACACCUCCCCGUCCAAAGCUGAUCAGCGUAAAGGGAGAUUCUUUCGCUUCCGUCUCCCGGCCUUACCUCUGCUGGGCAUCAGCAAGCAGUCCCUGCCUCAGGAGGACCCCGACGCCGUCAUGGUGGACUCUCCUCACCACAGCGACAGUUCAGUGGUGACGCAUGACUACCAGCUGCCCACCACCCGGGAGAGCUGCAGCCCCUCCUACGCCAACGACACCCGCGCCCUCAUCGGCCCCAGCCACUGCUCCACCCCCGUGUCUGGACCGUUGGACCACUCGUCGCCCAAAGGCCCCUGGGACCGGACGAACCCGGACCAGGCUGUCGCCCAGACCCAACAGCAAGAGGACACUCUGAAUGCAGCUCCGUCAAUCCCGGGCCUCACGCCGACAGCGUCCAGAGAGAGUGUGGCUAGUAUUCGAAGAGCGUCCUCCGUACAUGACAUGGAGGGCUUUGGGUCCAAGUCCAAGAUGGUGUUUAGAGACAGGCAUGCCAGUGAAGAUAACGGUCGCAAUAUCAAAGUAUCGCGCUCCUGGAUGGCUGGCGGACCUCUCAGUCACAUCAAAUCCAGCCUGCUGGGCUCCACGUCCGACUCCAACCUCAACAAGUACAGCACCAUUAACAAGAUACCCCUCAUCACCCUCAACUUCUCGGAGGCCAACAAUGAAAAGAAGUGCCCUUCCCCUCCCUCCUCUGAGAAGACCAUCAUCGCCCCGAAAGUCAAAGACCGCACACACAACGUCACAGACAAGGUUACACAGGUGCUUUCUCUGGGUGCAGACGUGUUGCCCGAGUACAAACUGCAGACGCAGCGCAUUGAUAAGUGGACCAUCCUCCAUUACAGCCCCUUCAAAGCCGUGUGGGACUGGCUCAUCCUGCUGCUGGUCAUCUACACGGCCAUUUUCACCCCCUACUCCGCUGCCUUCCUCCUCAACGACAUCGAGGAGCAGAGGAGGCGGGAGUGCGGCUACUCCUGCUCUCCACUCAACGUGGUGGAUCUGAUGGUGGACAUAAUGUUCAUUGUGGACAUUCUCAUAAACUUCAGGACCACUUACGUUAACACCAACGAGGAGGUGGUCAGCCACCCAGCAAAGAUUGCCAUCCACUACUUUAAAGGAUGGUUCCUCAUAGACAUGGUGGCGGCCAUCCCGUUUGACCUGCUCAUCUUUGGCUCAGGAUCCGAUGAGACCACCACCCUCAUCGGUCUGCUGAAGACGGCCCGUUUGCUUCGGCUGGUGCGAGUCGCCCGUAAGCUGGACCGCUACUCGGAGUACGGCGCUGCCGUCCUCAUGCUGCUCAUGUGCAUCUUCGCCCUCAUCGCCCACUGGCUGGCCUGCAUCUGGUACGCCAUCGGCAAUGUGGAGAAGCCUUACCUGGAGCACAAGAUCGGCUGGCUGGACAACCUGGGGGUGUCAAUAGGGAAGAAAUACAACUACAGUGACCCCAGUUCAGGCCCCUCCAUCAAAGAUAAGUACGUCACAGCUCUAUACUUCACCUUCAGCAGUCUGACCAGUGUGGGCUUUGGGAAUGUCUCCCCAAAUACCAACUCAGAGAAGAUCUUUUCCAUCUGUGUCAUGCUCAUCGGAUCUCUAAUGUACGCCAGCAUCUUCGGGAACGUGUCCGCCAUCAUCCAGAGGUUGUAUUCAGGUACGGCCAGAUAUCACCUCCAAAUGCUGCGGGUCAAAGAGUUCAUCCGCUUCCACCAGAUCCCCAACCCGCUGAGGCAGCGGCUGGAGGAGUACUUCCAGCACGCCUGGACCUACACCAACGGCAUCGACAUGAACAUGGGUUUCCCAGAGUGCCUGCAGGCCGAUAUUUGCCUCCACCUCAACAAGACUCUCCUCCAUGAUUGUAAGGCUUUUCGUGGAGCCACCAAAGGUUGCCUCCGAGCCCUGGCCAUGAGGUUCAAGACUACUCACGCACCCCCUGGAGACACACUGGUCCACUCUGGAGACGUGCUCACGGCGCUCUACUUUGUGUCCCGCGGUUCCAUUGAAAUCCUGAAAGAGGACAUCGUGGUGGCCAUCCUGGGUAAGAACGACAUCUUUGGAGAGAUGAUCCACUUGUACGCCAAGCCGGGGAAGUCCUGCGCCGACGUCCGAGCGCUGAGCUACUGCGACCUGCACACCAUCCAGAGGGAAGAGAUCCUGGAGGUGCUGGACAUGUAUCCAGAAUUCGCCGAUCACUUCCUCACUAACCUGGAGCUGACCUUCGAUCUCCGCGGUGAAAGCGCAAAGACGACCCACGCCAAAGCGAGCGAUGCGAACAUGGACGACGUCAAGUGCCGAAGACGAGUUUCAUACAAGAGAAACUCCUGCACAGACCCCCCCAGCAAGGAGCCGGAGGCCUCGUACAGCGACGCCAAGCAGGGGAGGCGCAUCCACGCCGCCUCGUCGGCCGGGGACAGACCGGAGUCUGCUGAGGAGGGAGAGGAAGAUGAGGAUGAGGACGAAGAGGAGGGCAGGGAAGAAGAAGAGGAGCAGAGGCCUUUGUGUUCCAGCAUGCUGGGUUACCCAACGGUUCGAGACCACACCCUGGGCCUUGGGCUGAGCGGCGCAGCGGAGGGACAGCCUGGAGACACAACCCAGGACCCGGAGUUCAAAGAGCUCCGUGCAGAAAACUGGGUGCGUCAGCAUCCCGGCGAAGGCGGCGAGGAGGCGGCCCCGUGUCGGGAGACACCGAACGGGGGGGAUGACAGCGACGAGGACCUGACCUAUGGAGAGGUGGAGCAACGGCUGGACCUUCUGCAGCAGCACCUCAACAGACUGGAGUCCCAGAUGACUGCAGACAUCCAGGCCAUCCUGCAGCUCCUCCAGCGGCAAACUGCAGCCGGUCCUCCCGCCUACAGCACCGUCACCUCUAGCCCAGAGUACCACAAUCCAACCGUCAGGGUCCAGCCAGUGUCCACCAUCCAGACCGAGAUCAGCCUCAAGCCAGCUCCGCCUCAGCCACAGAUCCCCGCCUCAGAGAGCUCUUCCAUCAGUUCCAAAGAAACCGCCCCAGUUCCCCUCAACACAGAGACUCUUCCUGAUGGGAGCUUUACUGGACUGCUCAAUGGUGAGAAAUGCUCCGUUAACGGUGAGGACUCUGUGGAGCAGCAACAUCAUCAACCGCCAAGGUUUCCGUCAGGCCGACAAGCCUCUCUACCCGACGUCCCCAACAGCUCAGGACCGUUGGAACUCUACAGGCCCGUGUCCGACCCAGGGCUUCCAGGACAGUAGCCCUGCCCCCUUAAACCUUUCUACGAUGACUGAAAGUCUUCUCUCAAGCUUGACUCAGGGUCUAAGAAAGAGACUGAAUAUGCAAAGAAUAAAAACUGUAGACUUUCUUCCAUUCCUUUGGAGAACAUCUCUCAGUUCCAACCCUUGUUAAGCUCUGAUUUAGACAUAUAAAAUCCAUUUAUACGGAGGCAUUUAUACACUAUAUUAUUAACGUACGUAAAGUUGGCAUCUAGAUGGUGUACAUAGUUCCAACAGAUCACUGCCAGCAACACAAGGCACCUGAUGUGCUUUUUCUAAAAGAUAUGCAUGAUUUUUGUUCCCAUGUUUCCUGUUGCAUGUUCAUCACACACACUCUGCAACCCAGGAGGCAUUCGGGUGUGUUCAGCAUGCUCACAGACUACCGUAGCUACCCAGUCUUUUUUCUACAACUCCUGCCUCUUUAAUAGGGAACAAAGCUACUUGAAACUCUUUGAGGCACUUCGGUACUCCAACAGCUCCAAGCAGAUUGACAUUGUCACCCCCUCCCGAGAUCUGUCUGUACAUUCAGUGUGCCUACCGUCCACCACAUUGCCAGAUGAAAAACUUCUCAUUAGCUCAAAAUACAGGACAAGUUGUAACGAUAUGUGAGGUGUGGUAUACUACUACGCUUGAAAGCAAUAACGAUGGGCAAGUGCAGAAAAAAUGAAAAAAGAUUACAAAGAUUUUUUUAAAAUUUAACUCUUAACAAAACCUUUGGCAAUUAAAUGGGUGCUGAUGGGACAAUUUUUGCCCUUAGGAUCAUAUUUGUUAGUUUUUGUGUAGCUUAUCUAAUUUAGGAACUCUUGCAGGAACUGACAUAAAAUCAUCUUAAAAAAAAGAAUAUCCUUUGGAAAAUUUCAGCCAUAUUAAAACAGUGCAGCUGAAAUGGCAAGAAAGUAUAAAUCUAACAAGCACAAAAUGCCCCCAGUGUUAAAAACGUAAGACCACAACUAGUAAUUAGUAGUUAACCAUCUAGUAGUUAAUCUUUUCAAGUCAAAACUUGGUGACUGAUAAAAAUGUGGGGUUUUUUGGAACAGCUGAAUGAGCCGUUUCUUUACAUCUUGUAGAAAUAUAAAAUAAUCUGAUGGGAC